UAAAAAAUUUGAGUAUAAAAAGAGUGAACUUUCUUUGGUUUCGUGUGGAAGAAGGUACUUCAUCUCCCUCCAUGACGAAAAACUGAAAAUUUCCACGACCCUUUUCCUUCUCUUUCUCCUUCAAACAUCUAACAAUGGCAGCCAUGGAUGAUGAUGAAGCCUACAUUCUCCAACUCGCACUGGACGAGCAAAGGAAGGAACUCAUGGCCGCUCAAACCCUAGACUCCGACCUCGACUUGGCUUUCCAUAUUCAAAUGCAAGAAGCCAUGACCUCCUCUCUUGUUCUCCACAACAACAACAAAUCCACCUCCUCGACGAAGAUGGACACCGAAGACGACGUCGUUCCGGCUGGGGAUGUCAAAGACGACGACGUUUUGGGCGUUGCUUCGUCGCUUUUGUUGAGAGAUUUGGAAUGUUACAUGCAGGAGUACGGUGAUCGGAAACGAUCGAGUGAGGAAUGGAGAAUGGCUAGGGAGGAUCUGGACCGUCGGAUUCAUGAUCAGAAGGUUGCGUCUGAAAUAGAGACUUUGCCAGAGGAUUAUUGGUCGAGUUACGGAGAUUGGUUUGAGAAACCUUACGGUAAUAAUAGCAAGGGUGCCUCGUCCUCUUCUUCUUCGAUGGUUGGGUCAGAGGUGUUGAGAUUGUACUUCAAGGGUUUGGUGAGCGAGGAGAUGAUUAGGGAUUCGAAGGUGGUGGUGGCUGGUGCUGGGAUUGCGAUUUGUGAUGGUAAAGAUAAUUUGCUUUUCCAUUCGAGGAAGAAUCUGAAGGUUUUGAGCUCUGAAGCGGCAGAGUUGGAAGCUCUGAUUGAGGGUUUAGACAAGGCAUUGGCUUUGGACUUGAAAAGUCUCACCUUUUUUUGCGAGGAUAAUUCACUUUACCAUUAUAUUACCGGGAAACUGUUUCCAAGAAAUAGCCAAAUCACAACAUUAGUCAAUCAAGUGGAUCUUCUUCGUAGGAAGUUUACCUAUUGUGUUCCAUCCCUCCUCACAACCCCAAACAGCAUUAAGUUUGCUUAUAAAUCUGCUCGAGAUGCUGUUGUUGCUCAGAUUGCCUGGACAGAAGAAACUUGCAAUGGCAAGACUAAAAGAGAAACAUGCACAAUUUGUAUGGAAGAUAAAGAUGUUGCUGAGAUGUUUUCGGUUGAUGGUUGUCUGCACAGGUACUGUUUUACUUGUAUGAAACAACAUGUGGAAGCAAAGUUGCAUGAUGGAAGGGUAGCCAAGUGCCCACAUGCUGAAUGCAACUCUGAGGUAGCUAUUGAUAGUUGUGAGAAAUUUUUGCCACCUGAGUUAGUGAAGGUUAUGGAUCAACGAAUGAAAGAAUCUGCUAUUCCCACUACACAGAAAGUUUAUUGCCCAGAUCCCAAAUGCUCUGCCUUAAUGUCAAAGAAUGAGGUUUUGGAAUAUACCAAGACUUCAUUUGUUGGUGCUGAACGCUCUGGUGCGAGGAAAUGCAUGAAAUGUCAAAAGUUCUUCUGUAUCGAUUGCAGAGUCCCCUGGCACUACAAUAUGUCUUGCAAUGACUACAGAGAGACGAGUUCGUAUCCCCGUGGAGAUGAACAACUACUGAAGUCUCUUGCAUCAAAAAGGUUGUGGCGUGAGUGCGCUAAGUGUAACCAUAUGGUUGAACUGUUAGAGGGCUGCUACCACAUCACUUGCAGAUGUGGAUACGAAUUUUGCUAUACCUGUGGAGCUGAAUGGAAGAACAAGAAACCAACUUGUAGAUGUCCAAUUUGGAAUGAGCGCAACAUCAUUCGACAACCGCAACGACAACGACAACGACAAAGACAAAGACGGUGACUAGAGCGAUCCCAACUAUGAAUGGGAGAACAUGCAGGUCUGUGAUGGAUGAUGUCUCUCAUUCAUUUGUGAUUUUAAGUGAUGAAGUAAUUAGGCUUCUAUGCUCAUCGACUCUACUUUAGCUUUUCGAUCUAUAGACUGCUUUGUUAUUAAGUAGCUUUUCAUACAAAUUUGGCUAUUUAAACGUGGGAAUGGAUGAACAUGUGUUCUAGCUUUGCAGAAAGUGGUUCUUCUAGAUUUUAUGAUAUUGUCUUCUUUUGUGUUAUAUCCAUUCCUGUCGUUUUCUAAUUUUAUUUAGGAAUUUUCUUUAGGAAAAGUAUGGUGAGAUGGUAUUGGAGUUUUAUAUUUAAAUGAAUUAGUGAUGAAUUGAGUAGUUUA